AUGUGUUUCGGUUCCGGCUUCUGGGAUGGUAUAAUGCCGCAUCCACCUCGUCGAGAAAAAUACAAAAACCAGGAGAAGUACCAGCGAGACUAUGCCCGUCGCGAAGAGCUCUUCGCCCAUACCAAUGGCCGUUUCCUUGUUGACGAAAAGAACCAACUUGAUCGACGAUAUGUAGAAUUUGACCUGGACGCACUUUGCAGUACUGCUGCCACUGCUGGCAGCAAGUCAUCUCCAAUCACAGCCAUUGAAAAAAUGGAAGGCGGCUUCAGCAAAGUGCUUCUGAUGCAAAAGGAGAAUGGGAUGGAAGUCAUCGCCAAAAUCCCGUGUCGCAUUGCUGGGCCUGCAGUCUUGACCACAGAAUGCGAAGUUGGUGUCUUAGAAUUCUUAAGGAAACACACAAGUAUCCCCGUUCCCCGGGUACUGUCCUGGUCUUCGGACAGUUCCAACAUCGUGGGAGUUGAAUAUAUCAUCAUGGAGAAAGCUUCAGGGGUCCAGCUUUUUCGGGUUUGGGAAAAGAUGCCAAAGACAGAAAAGCCAAUACUCAUUAGAAGCCUAGCGAAGCUGGAGGCCCAGCUGUCGGCUAUUCGAUUUCCUGCAUCCGGGGGACUUUAUCUUCAGAAAAAGACGAACAUUUUGAAUUGCACACCUCUUGACAAGGAUAUCGAUCCAACAGGUUCUUUCUGCAUCGGUCCCUCUUGCGACCGCGCAUACCAAACAAAGGGAAUUGAAACUCCUGAUGUCCCAGGUGUGCAUGAUACCGGGCCAUGGGAUACAAUCUCAGCCCUGGGGAUAUCUAUCAUAAGAAGAGAGUUGUCUCGAAUCUCCAACGGACAUCUUAUGAACCACGCACAUUUCUACCGCGAAGGUGUUGAAGAAUGUACCAAGCUUCUAGAAACCACGAUACGUCUCAUGACAUGUUUAGAUGGCAACAGCAUCCUUUCGGGGUCUUCUCAACCAACACUCUGGCACACAGAUUUACAUAUGGGAAACAUAUACGUCUCACCCGGUGAACCUUCACGGAUAGUAUCUUUCAUUGAUUUGCAGGGGGUGCUAGUCUUACCAGCCUUCCUCCAAGCUCGGUGGCCAAUAUUCAUGAAGCCUUGGCAGGAGAGUGAAUACGUGAGAGGACCUGUACAAGUGAAGCUGCCAGACGACUUCGAUCAAUUAGACGAGGAAGAAAAAAGGGCUGCUUUGAACGAGUGGGAGCAAGAUAUGCUAGCCAAGACUUACGAGAUCGCCACGUAUCUUGAGAACAGACCGGCGUAUAACGCCAUGAAUGUGCCGCGAGUUUUUCGUGAGCUAUUCGUUCGUUGUGGUGAGAUUUCAGAGAUGGGAGUUCUCCCACUUCGUGAAUGCCUCAUAGAGAUAUUCCAGAGCUGGUCGAACUUGGGAUUCUCUGGAGAGUGCCCGUUCUCCUUCACAGAAGAAGAGAUCGAGAUUCAUGAGCGCCAAUUCGCUGGUUAUGAAGAUUGGCACCAAGUCCAGGCCCUUGCUCGGGAAUGUCUAGAUACCGAUGCAGACGGCUGGAUAUCACCACAGUUGGAUUUCGAGAAUAAACGAAACCUGAACAAGCAAUUACAGUGCAUGUACAUCCAACAAAUGGCCGGCGAGAAAACCCCCGAGGAAGUGAAAGCAAUUUGGCCUUUCCCAUUGUGA